CCGCCACUGUCUGAGAGCAUCUGGAUCUGAUGAUGAUGUGAAACUCUUGUACGCUACUGAGGAUGCUGAUGCUGCUCUCCGGAUCUGAUCCACGCGCGCGUGUAAAGAGCUCGUGAUGCUGACGCUGGUCUCGAUGGGUUGCGGUGGAAGUAGAUCUGCUAUGAUCGAGCCCCGAUAUCUCGAGAGCAGAGACACCGAGUCGACGUGGCUCACGAACACGGACACGGAGGUCACGCAGCUGGCCACCGGUACCGGCGCACACAAUCCGAACGGAACCGGCGACAACGAAAACACAGCGCCCACCGGUUCAGGUAAAAGAGAAGAUCAAGGCUCUUGUGUGAAGGAGAGGAAGCUGGUGAAUGCUGGGACUCAAUGCAGUAGAUCCUCAACACUCGCCAGCAUCAGUAAACAGAGAUCAGCACAGAGAGAUGAGGUUAAAAAUAAAUCAAAGAAAAUCUCUCCCGCUGAUGUGUCGAAGAGUCCUGUCCCGCUGUGAGCAGAUGAUGAUGUUUUGACACACAUACAGCCGGUUGACAAGAGACCUUUUCUGUCAAACUUGAUGACAAAGUGAAGAAAGAGUUUUGGUUAUCUGCCGUUCAUUAGCGUCUCACUGCAUGAGAUAACAGAAACACACAUCGACCCUACAAGAUGCUGCAACACAGGCUCAUGCCUUUAUAUGUAUCUGAAAUAUGCUUCAAUGCUACCAAUAUCAUUUAGUAUUUUUACUGGUUAUAUAUCUAUAUAUGUUUCACUGUGAGACUCAUCGGUAAUGUGAUUUUCUAGUGCCUAAAGAGUCUGUUUGAUGAUUCAGAUACACAAAAGUCUCAGGUUGCGAGUCUACAAAUUAAAAAUAUAUUAAUGAUACAUUAAUGUCAUUGCAA